AUGCCGAGUCCUGAAGGAAUAUCUGCCUCCUACAAGAAGCUAAUACUUGGCCGCAGGAAGCUCGUGGUCGGCGCCGUAGAUGUAACGGAGAACCUGCGUGUCAGCCCUCAAUACAACGAAGACGUCUGGGCUACUGUGGAAUCCUGGAGGAGGGGUAAAUCUGGUGGUAAAUCUGAGGGUAAAUCUGAGGGUAAAUCUGGUGGUAAAUCUGAUGGUAAAUCUGAUGGUAAAUCUGGUGGUAAAUCUGAGGGUAAAUCUGGUGGUAAAUCUGAUGGUAAAUCUGGUGGUAAAUCUGAGGGUAAAUCUGGUGGUAAAUCUGAGGGUAAAUCUGAGUGUAAAUCUGGUGGUAAAUCUGGUGGUAAAUCUGAUGGUAAAUCUGAUGGUAAAUCUGAGGGUAAAUCUGGUGGUAAAUCUGGUGGUAAAUCUGAUGGUAAAUCUGAUGGUAAAUCUGAGGGUAAAUCUGGUGGUAAAUCUGGUGGUAAAUCUGAUGGUAAAUCUGGUGGUAAAUCUGGUGGUAAAUCUGGUGGUAAAUCUGGUGGUAAAUCUGAGGGUAAAUCUGGUGGUAAAUCUGAGUGUAAAUCUGGUGGUAAAUCUGAUGGUAAAUCUGGUGGUAAAUCUGAGUGUAAAUCUGAAUGUCCGGAGACAAUGGCCCUGGCUACUGAACCUGGUGGGCAUGGCCAGGUCCGGAGACAAUGGCCCUGGCUACUGAACCUGAUGGGCAUGGCCAGGUCCGGAGACAAUGGCCCUGGCUACUGA